UGUGCAGCAGCAAACACGAGACGAGACAGACGACAGCCAGACAAACAGAAAGGAACGUCUGCAAUUUUAAUUCACCUUUCAAAAAAGUUCCUGCGUGGCCAAGGAAAUUUAUUUCGAAAUUUUAUAUUUCUUGGAAAAGAAAGAGAUCUUAAACAAUGGGAGAAACCGAAGUGGCACAGGCCGGUGGGGGGAAAGGUCUUAGUUCUACCUCCGCAUUAACUUUACAAGUGAGAUUUACAACGAAACAAGAAGAAUUCUCCAUUCCAGAUUUUCCAUAUGUCGUGGAAGCAAAGAUUGGGACUGAUGGUUUAAAUGCUCUUGUUAAUCAAGUUUUAAAGGAUGACGGAAUUACAGAAAAAGAUGUCGAAUUUGACUUUCUCAUUGGUGGAGAAUUUCUGCGAGAGUCACUGGAGGAAUUAGUUAUGAGACAUGAGCAAUUUAUUGGGAAAGAUGUCGAGGGUGUCACAGAUGAACUCAAGAAGCCAAAAAUUGGAGUUGAAGAGGUUAUAGAUGUCGAAUAUUUGGAACGAACUGGUGCACCAGAACCUGAAAAUGUACUCAUGCACGAUGACUGGGUCUCUGCUGUGGAUGUUACUGAAAAAUGGAUUCUGACUGGUGCAUAUGAUGGGACGCUUCAUUUGUGGUCAAUGAAAGGAAAACACAGACUUGCCAUUCCUGCGCAUUGCGCUCCUGUAAAAGCAGUUUGCUGGGUGUCAAAAUCUGAAAGUGGCGCAGGUGAUUCAUCUACGUCCAUUUUUGCGAGCGGCUCACAUGAUCAGACAAUAAAAAUUUGGGAGUGGAACACUGAAGACAACACCGUGAGCUGUAAAUGGAUUUGCAAAGGACAUAAACGCAGCGUGGAUUCAUUAAGUUCGGAUCCCAGCGGAACCCGAUUGGCAAGUGGAUCAUGGGACGGAGAACUAAAAAUCUGGUCUUCUUCUCUUGAAGGUUUACCAGAAAAUAAUAAGGCAGCUACGCAAUCCAAGAAAGACGAAGAAGAUGACGAAGAGAUUUCGAACAGCAGGACUCCACUGAUGACGUUGGGAGGACAUAAGGAGUCUAUAUCUGCAGUUUGCUGGAGUGACUCCGAAGAACUAAUGACGGCAUCUUGGGAUCACACAAUUAAAAUUUGGGACAUAGAGACUGGCGGAAUGAAAUCCGAAUUGGUUGGAAACAAAGCAUUCUUUGGAAUGUCGUGGUCUCCUCUUAACAAUAUGGUCAUUACUUGUGCGGCUGAUCGACAUAUUCGACUGUACGAUCCAAGAUCAACAGAGGGAUCUCUUGUCAAAUCAAUGUUUACUUCGCAUUCUGGCUGGAUUUCUACCGUGAAUUGGUCAACUACAAAUGAAAACUUGUUUAUCUCUGGUGCACACGAUAACCUCUUAAAGUUGUGGGACCGUCGCAGUCCACGAGCCCCCUUGUACAACAUGACAGGUCACACUGACAAAGUUUUGUGCUCAUCUUGGGCAAAUCCCGAGUUUAUAAUGGGAGGUGGAACAGACAAUAGUUUGAGAAUAUUUAGAGCAAGCUCAUCAUCUAACAAAUCUUAAUUUUUAUACAGUUUGUUUUUGUUUAUUACUUUAUGUAUAAUCGUGACAGGCACUCUAAUUUUUCUUGUCUGAAUUGACUUUAUUACUUAUUUUUGAUCAUGCAUUUCCAAAGUUGUCUUAUAUCUUACGUAUAUAUAAUUGUCUUCGACUAUAUGUGCACAGCGUAAUGAAAUGACUAGAGUUUUAGAGUAAAUAUAGAGUAAUAAAUCUAACAGACUUCUAAAUCAACAAAACAA